AACGGCACCAACAAACGCAUCAAAAGAAAAAGAUAAAGAAUAAAGAGCAAAAAAAAAACCCAACAAACAUAUAAACAUUACGUUCGAGUCCUUUGUUUCCUUUCCUUUCCUUUCCUUUUCCAGUCUCACUCUUUCUUUUUCCUCUGCGCAUUUACUUUUCUUUCAAACAAAUGGAACACUAAAACACAGUAGUAGUGGGAGAGAUUAAGUGUGGGAGUGAUGAGAGAGUGAAGAAGAAGAAGAAGCAGUGAGUGAGUUAGAAAAGAGAAAGAAGAAAUGGAGGGAUCAGCAGAGGAAGAGUUGGAGAGGAGGAGCAAGUUCCUCAGCAGUUUGAUACAGAAGAAGAAAGCGAUAGAGCAAGAAGAUCAGCAUGACUAUCUCAACGUUCGCGUUAGAGCCUCUGACAUGCCACUUGCUUUGCAAAACCGUGCCUUUCGUUGCGCACGUGACCACCUCGACUCCAUGCCUUCCAAGCUCGACAGUAAACGCCUUGCUCUCGCGCUUAAGAAGGAAUUUGAUUCAUCAUAUGGGCCAGCUUGGCACUGCAUUGUGGGAACUAGCUUUGGCUCAUAUGUCACACACUCCAUAGGGGGCUUCUUGUAUUUUUCAAUUGACAAGGUUUACAUCCUUCUAUUCAAGACUGCUGUUGAGCCUUUAGAACAGUCUUAACAAUUGAGUUGUAUCCACUGUGUUUUAUGAAAUUAAAUAUUUCCACGCUCAACUUGAAUGUAAAAUUAUAGACUGCGAUAUACAGAAACAUUUUCUAUUCUGUGUUGUAUUUUUUUCGUUCUAUAUUGGUGACUCUCCUUAUACUAAGUGCAUAAAUGGUGCUAGUUUCUUAUGAUAAGCUGCACAAUAUUCCUAUAGGUUAUAGUCAA